AUGACGCCCGAAGAGACGGCGAGGGGCAGUCAGUCGCCCAGACCAGCGGCGGCGUCUUCGGCGACGGCAGCCGGAGCAAGGGGGACAGGAAAAAGCCAGAACCCCCCUACGUCGGCCACAUUCUCCUUUCGCCAGCCAUUUGAUCGCCGAUCGACUUCAUCAUCAGCAAGACCGCGCGCGUCGAUGCAGCCAGCCUCGACGACAACCAGCCCCGCGGCAUCGCCCAUGCGCGCCCAUCGGAGCAAGGUGCCCCUGAGCACGUCAAUGUCGAUGUCGAUGUCAAUGUCAAUGUCGACACGCUCAAAGACGCAAGUGGCAACGACUACCAGCUCUCUUGGAAAGCGGCGAGAGUCGUCGUCGUCGUCACCCUACGAACACACUCCCAGCGAAGAAUGUGACGAGUUCGGCCUUCUCGCUCGCCAGUCUUCUGCUGGAAUACCACAGGAAGCAGCAUCUCAGCCUUCUCGCACGAGUCGAGGCAGUCGUGGGCCAGCGUCCCCCCUGCCGGGCCACGCCAAGAUGAGUCGUAGCGAGACUGUUGGCCACACUCAGGCGCUCCUCGCGCCACCGACGGGCACAUCGACCAGGCUGCCGAUCAGCAACUCGUUGCGCGCCACCAUUGCCCGACCGCGCACCACAUCGCUCCUCUCGAACCCGUCCAAGCGCGUGUCGCCGUCUCAGCAGCAGCAGCAGCAGGCCUCGAGAGACGAUCACACCGAGGGAGACCCACUGACGAAGAGGAGGGCCACGGCACAGGCGAGCAAGGAGCCGCCGAGCAGCUUCAAGAUGCACCGUGCGCCGCGCCUUUCGAUGCCUGCCUCGUCGACGGUCCAACGAGGGGCGAGGACGGGCCCAGCGACGCCCUCGUCUGCCUCGUCCUCUGCCUCGAGGCGAGACGUAACGCCAGGAGGAGGAGGAGGAGGAGGAGGAGGAGGAGGCAGCAGGGGAGGAGGACAAGCAGGCGCAGGAGGAAGCAGCGUCAAGGACCGCGCAAAGGCCUGGGAGACUGGCGGCGCGGUGGGGCGCUCUCGAUCGAUGAUGCCUUCGGUCGCCUCGACGCCGGUCUUGUUCGAAAAGAUGAAGGAGGCAGCGGCCACGGUGCCCGAAGAGUCGCCCCUGAUUCGAGGGCCCUCAAUUGCCCACGCAUCGGUCAAUCGCAUCAAGUCGCAGAAGCAGAGAGGCGCCAUGCCGUCACAAUCAUCAUCAUCAUCGUCGUCAUCGUCGUCGGCCACUUCCACUUCAAGCAGCAACCGCAGGAUGCCGGCGCUGCCCACGCCCGAAGCGCGCCAGCGAGGCAUGCGCCGGAUCAGCCAUCUGCUCGAGCAGAAGCAGAAAGAGACAGAGGCGGAGAAAGAAGAGGGCCACGGGAACAGCAGCGUCGACGACGCCGAAGCGGCGCUCCAGCGCGACUAUGUCGCCAUGGCCAACAAGGCCAACCUGGGCGCGGCAGAGAUGAAGGCCAUGGUCACGCAGGGAGAGCACAGCCCGGAAGAAGAGGAGGAGGAGGCUGCAAAGUGGCGCGGUUGGCGUGAUCAGUCGGGCUCAGUCCGUGACCGGCGUCGGCAUUCACUGCCGUCGACGCCCGCCAGGUCGGAGCGUGACGACGACGACGAUGAGCCGUCGUUCAGCAUGUCGCCCAGCGAGGAGGCGAGGCAGCGGAAGAAGGAGUCGUCUUCGUCGCCGCCUUCGUUGCCACCGUCGCAGCAGCAGCAGCAGCAGCAGCAAGAACCUCAACAGAGAAACAGGAUGAAAGAAAGCGUAGGUCUCGAUGUGACGCUGGCGAAACUGACGCUGGAGCGAAGCGCUGGGCUUGCCUCGGUCGAGGACGAGUCGCUGCUGCUCGAGGGCGAGGAGGACGACGAGGGCCUCAUGAAGGUGGACGAGCUCGACUGGCACGAUGCCAAGGAGACAAGACGCGUGGAAGAGCGGGAGAAGAAGACCAAGCGUGGCGAGGAUCUCACCGGACAAGGCAAGGUUCCCAAAGUGGACGAGAAGCAGAAGGGGCUGCGAGAGGAAAACGAGAGGCUCGUUGAGGAGGUGCGGCGUCUGCGCCAGCACACGGAAGCGGUCGAGAGGGAGCGCGACGCUGCGCAGAGAGAUGCCUCAUCUCUGAACACACUUCGAGGACAGCUCGAGGCGGGUGACCAGGCGCUGUCGGAAGAGAGGGCCAAGUCGGUCGCAUACAGGGCCGAAGUGGACCGAAAGAAGGUGCAACAGGUGGAGGCCAGCCAGCUCACUGAACGACGCCUGCAAGAAGCCCUCGUCUGCCGGGCGACGAUGGCGUGGGGGCUGGCCUCGUCGGCUGCCAGGGCAGAGGUCGAGGCGCUGUCGGGCGAGAGGGACAUGUGCACCUUUUUGCUUGCCCAGCUCACCGUGUGGCAGCGGGCCGUCCUCGCCGAGAUUUCGUGA